AUGGUAACCUUGGUGCCAAUCAACAUUAUUCGAUGCAUCAGCUUAUUCUCUCUAGUCUUUUUCAUCAACAAUCCUCAGCUAUUUGCUAUAGUAUUUCUCAGCUGCUCUGCCCUUUAUUCAUUGGGUACUACCACAAUAAUGCCAACAAAAUAUACAAAAAUAGUGGAUUUGGCUAUAGGAAGAAUCCCAACUUGCAUUCUUAUAAUUAUUACUAGUCUUUACAAAGAAGAAUGAAGGUUUUAUCUAUUGUGCGCUGCUGGAUUACAAUACUUAGCCAAUUGGAUACAAAUGUAUGCUGACAUAUACACAAAAGUAUCCAAAAAGUCAAUUAAAAACCUCAAAUUAUCACCACUUAUCGUCGAAAUUCCAUGAAUAUUAAGUGAUGUAUUUUUGAUGAUGCUUUUCCUUACUCAGACAAAAGCAUUUGAAAUUGAAGGCUCAUGGGUGCAAGUUUAUCAAAUUUCAAUGGGAUUUUUUAUUAUUCGGAAAGUUAUUGAUGCAAUAGGUCUAGCAAAUAACCUAUUAAAAAUAAUUUCUAUCUAG